CCAAACCUGGAAAUCGGGGAACUGAACACAGCGAACAGUGAGGUCACACAGAGAUUCCACCCUCUCCUCCCUCCCACUACUCUUUCCCUCUGUCAGCCGUCCACCAGCCAAUUUUUUUUGCGGCCUUCCUCGCCAGCGUGCAAUUGGCUGCCACAAUGCAGAGCGUAAGGCCAGCAACGAUCGCGAGAGCCCUCCGGGGUGCUUGCAGGACUCAGUCUCACAACGCCGCCAAGCGAUACCAUUCCCGCCUUGUCUUCCAGCAGUCUGCCAGACACCAUGGCCGCUCGCUUCAAUCUACCCCCGCCUUCCACCCGCGGCAACUCCUUCCCCUUGCCCAAGCCCGCAAUGCUUCAUCAUCAUCAUCAUCAUCAUCAUCAUCAUCCGACACCAACCAUGGCUCCUCCUCGAACGAGGCGGCCCCGCUCCAAAAGACGCCGCUCUACGACUUCCACCUCGCCCACGGCGCAAAGAUGGUCCCGUUUGGCGGCUUCCACAUGCCGGUGCAGUACGCCGACCUAUCAGUGGGCCAGUCGCACAUCUUCACGCGAGAGCACUGCUCGCUCUUCGACGUCAGCCACAUGGUGCAGCGCGUGUUCUCGGGCCCGGGGGCGGCACAGUUCCUGCAGCGCGUCACCCCGAGCGCCGUCGAGUCCCUUGCCCCGCACCGCAGCACGCUGUCGUGCCUGCUACACCCUGACGGGUCCGGCGGCAUCGUCGACGACACGGUGAUUUCCCGCCUGCCCGAGGGCCGCUUCUACGUCGUCACCAACGCCGGCUGUCGCGACAAGGACAACGCCUACCUCGACCGCGAGAUUGCAAAAUGGAACGCCGAGCCCGGCCACGAAGGCCUGCAGGUGCACGAGGAACGCCUUGAGGGACAGGGCCUGGUCGCCCUGCAGGGCCCGGACGCCGAGGCGGUUCUGGCCUCCGCCUUGGACGGCGAAGACGGACUGGACCUGAAGAAACUCUUCUUUGGACAGUCGGCCUACGCCAGACUCAAGAUCCGCGAGGGGAAGAUCAGCAGCAGCCCCCUGCUGAUCAGCCGCGGCGGGUACACGGGCGAAGACGGGUUCGAAAUCUCCAUCCCCGGCGGCGAGACGGUCGCUGUGGUCGAUGCGCUGCUGGCCGUGGGGGGUGCCGAGAGGGUGCGGCUCGCGGGGCUGGGCGCGCGCGACAGCCUGCGGCUAGAGGCGGGCAUGUGCCUGUACGGCCACGACCUGACCGAGUCGACGACGCCCGUCGAGGCCGGGCUGAGCUGGAUCAUCCCCAAGGAGCGGCGCACCGCCGACUCGGGCUUCUACGGGGCCGAGGUGAUUGCCAAGCAAUUGGUGCCCAAGAGCAAGGGCGGGGCCGGUGUGAAAUAUCGGCGGGUCGGCCUCAUCGUCGAGGGCUCGCCGGCGCGGGAGGGGGCCGAGAUCUGGAGCCGUCCCGAAGAGGAUGGAGGUGAGGCCGUCAAGCUCGGGAGGGUGACGAGCGGAUGUCCGAGCCCGACGCUGGGCAAGAACAUUGCCAUGGGCUACAUCAAGGAUGGGUCUCACAAGCCUGGCACCAAGGUGAAUGUGCUCGUGCGCAACCGGCCGAGGCAGGCCGUGGUGACCAAGAUGCCCUUCGUGCCGACAAAGUAUUGGAAGGGUGAAUGAACCCUAGAUGGUAAGGAAAAAGGUUUCAAGAUACCGGGUACGGGAUACGAAAUACGGGGAUACAGGUCGUUCAACACCGCAUUUGCGUCAUGGCGUCAGGUUUAUUUGGUUAUGCUUCUCAUGGACAAGGUGUACUUCAACAUUAGGCAGCACUACGGUGCAACACAAAGGAGGCUUGUGUCAUUAUAGAUGAGGUCGACUGUUUUCAGUCUUUCGUCUACUACAUUAUCAAGCAAUGCACACAUGGAGAUACCAAACUC